AUGGGCUUCAAGAUCAGGAGACCGAAGCUCCACGUCGAGCAGGCGAAGUCCCAAUUUGCUGAGGGAAGCGCGCGGUGGACCAAUGUCGACCUCGAUCCCGUUCCCAAAUACGCCCGUAAAUGGGGUGUCACCUCGUUCAUCGCAUACUGGAUAUCCGACGCUUUCAAGCGUGAAUCACUCGGAAUCGUGGCCUUGGCCUUCUUUAUCAUAUCAUGGGUCAUCGCCUUCAAUGGUGCAACGGGCGUCAUUCAUCAUGCCCCUUUCCCAGUCCUUGCACGUGCCAGUUGGGGAUUCUGGGGCUCGUACAUUGCAAUCAUCUCCAGAGUUAUUCUCGCAAUAUUCUGGUUUGCUAUCCAAACGAUGAAUGGAGCAAAUACGGUCAGAGUAAUGAUCGGCGCCAUCUGGCCGUCCUUCCUCACCCUCCCGAACCACAUCCCGGCCGACGAGGGCAUCGAGACGAACACGAUGAUCUCCUUCUUCAUCUUCUGGCUGCUGCAGAUCCCAUUCCUCUACAUGCACCCCAACGACCUGCGGUGGCUCUUCAUGGCCAAAUCCAUCAUCGUGCCCAUCGCCUUCAUCGCGAUCCUGAUCUGGGCCUUCGUCUCGACCAAAGGCAUGGACAUCUGGGACCAGAAGGCCACCAUCCACGGGUCGGCCUACUCGUGGGCCUUCCUAGCCAACCUGACGUCCGUCAUCGGCAACUACGCCACGCUGUCGGUCAACCAGGCCGACUUCUCGCGCUACUCGCGGGUGUCCGUCAAGUGGCAGAUGCUGUACGUGCCGAUGCUGCCGGCCGUCUUCACCUUCAUCUCCUUCAUCGGCAUCGCGGCCUCGUCCGCCGGCUCGGCCAAGUACGGCGGCGACUACCUGUGGGACCCGAUGGCGCUGGUGGCCAUGUGGCCGAAUCGCGCCUGCCGCUUCUUCGCGGCCUUCGCCUUCGCGCUGGCCGCGCUCGGCGUCAACAUCAGCGCGAAUUCCCUCUCGGCGGCCAACGACCUGACGGCGCUGUUCCCGCGCUUCGUCAACAUCCGCCGCGGCCAGCUGGCUUGCGCGGUGCUGGCGUGGGCGCUGGUGCCGUGGAAGAUUUUGGCGAGCGCGGGGUCUUUCCUGAAUUUCAUGAGCGCGUACGCCGUGUUCCUCGGCCCCAUCGCUGCUAUCAUGCUGUUCGACUUUUGGGUCGUGCAUGAGCGCAAGUACGACACGCGCGCGCUGUAUGCGCCGCAUGGCAUAUACCGCUACACGGGCGGUGUCAAUUGGCGCGCCGUCGUCGCGUUUCUCGUUGGCGUCGCGCCGAAUUUGCCGGGGUUCAUUAACAGUAUUAAUUCGAGCAUUGAGGUCGGCGUCGGUGUGCACCCGUACCAGUUUGGGUGGCUGUUGGGGUUCGUGGGGACGAGUGUGGUGUAUCUGGCGCUGGAGUAUGCGUUCGUGCCCAAGGAGACAAUGAUUGAGAAGGCGGUGCUGCCGGAUGAGGUGUACGAGGCCAUGGGCGUGUACGACAGCUCCGAGAUUGAGGGGGUGCCGGUUGGGGAUGGGGAGGAGGUUGUGGUGGAGAAGAAGGGGCUGAAGAGUUGGGCGGACAGGAUCUUGUAG